UGUGCUAUGUAACAUCACUUCCUGUAGCAGAGGAGAGAGAUUCUGCAGAGAGCUGGAGGGAUCAGACACAGUGUAGGGAUCGUCCAGCCCCAGGACUGGCAGCAGGAGGGCACAUUGCCGCUUGUAAGUUAAUCUUCUGCUGGGAUGGGUCCAGGUGAGGAGGAUGCCGUGGUGGGGGAGGAGCUCAGCGAGGAGGAGGUGUCACCUGACUGGACUCCACAGGAGAAGGCUCUUCAUGAAGCAAAAAUGAAGGCGAAGGCCAAGCGUAGGCUCCGGCGUACAUCAUCGCGUGACUCUGCCCGGGAGUCGGAGAGCACAGACUGCUCAGCGGAGCCCCUCAGCCCACGGGGCAGGGGCAAUGACAGGAAGUCACGCAUGGGCAAAGGCCGCGGACUCCCAAAGAAAGGAGGCGCUGGUGGGAAAGGUGUGUGGGGGGCUCCAGGACAGGUGUACACUUAUCAGGAGCCUGAUGCUCGAGACCCCAAUUAUGAUGAAUCCGCCCAGGGGGACACGGUGUACCAGAAGGUGGUCCUGGAGAUGGAUGAGGCCGGGCUACAGAAGACCGUGCAGCCGAUGGUCAGAGAAUACUUUGAGCAUGGAGACACGGGAGAGGUUAUAGCACUUCUGAAUGAGCUGAAUUUGGGGAGUCAGAAGCCGGGGGUCCCUCGUCUGGCUGUAUCCCUCUCUAUGGAAGGAAAGGCCAGUCACCGAGAGCUGACCUCUCGCCUCCUGUGUGACCUGCUGGAGAAAGUCUUAUCAGAGGAGGAUAAUGCGCAGGCCUUCAACAGAUUACUGACCGACUUACCUGACCUAAUCCUGGACACUCCGGAGGCCCCACAGAUGCUGGGCCAGUUCAUCGCUCGUGCGGUUGCGGAUCACGCUUUGCCGCUAGAUUUCGUGGACCGCUACAAGGGUCGGGUGGAUUGUGAACACGCACGGGCUGCCCUGGAUCGCGCUGCGGUGUUACUGAGAAUAAAGAGAGAGAUUAUCCGCCUGGACAACGUGUGGGGCGUCGGAGGAGGACAGAGACCGGUUAAACAUCUCAUUAAGGAGAUGAAUCUGCUCCUCCAGGAGUUCCUGCUCUCUGGGCAAGUGUCCGAGGCCGAGCGCUGUCUGCGGGAUCUGGAAGUUCCACAUUUCCACCACGAGCUGGUGUAUGAGGCCGUGGUGCUGGUGUUGGAAGGCUCGGCUGAAGGACACGUGCUGAUGGCGGUGAAUCUCCUGAAGGCGUUAUGGGAGAGUGGUCUGAUAACCCUGGACCAGAUGAACCGGGGCUUCCAGCGGGUCUACUCCGAGCUGCCGGAUCUCACCCUGGACGUCCCUCUGGCCCACAGUGUGAUGGAGAAGCUGGUGGAUCUGUGUUACCAGGAAGGGGUCAUUACCCAGCAGCUACGAGACGAGUGCCCAUCCAGGGGCCGCAAGCGCUUUGUAAGUGAGGGGGACGGGGGAAUUAUUAAACAGUGACCAGGCUCUGUAACCAGCGACACCGGCCAGAGGUUAGGAGGCGUCUCACCGGAAGAUGCUCUAUUAUACCAAAAUAAAGGGAUAAAACUGAAA